CGGAUGUGUUUGGCUCUUUUUUUUCUCUCUCUCUCACUUCCCUCGUCUUCCUUCCAUCUUCAGCUUUGUCAGGCAGGUGCAGACACAACUCGCCUCCUUUUUUGGUCUAAUUAAUAACUGGACUACGGUGGAGAUGGAUAUGGAGGGUUGUGGCAUCGUCGGCAGAAGAAUAAAGAAUUAAUUUAUUCAUCAAUUAAUCGCAAACCUCAGUCAGGACUUUGAAGGAGGUUUUCUUUUUGAAGGCGUGCGUCCUUUUUGAAGACUGAAACCUUUGACACUGACAAGAGAAUCAGAUUUACUUCUUGGAUGGUGGGAGGUGAGACCAGACCGGACAGAAUGUCAGUAUUGAAGACCAACAGAGAGAAGGAGCAAAACAUGACCACCAUCAUGAUUGUGUCGCAAAGUGCAGUGAGCCGAGCGAGCCUAAUGUGAAGAGUGUUUACCAUAAUUACCACCAGAACAUGGAAGAACAGCAAACACAGAGUCAGUGCUGGUUUUGACUCCCUCGUUAAUCCGGUGUCUCUCCGCGUCAACAACGUACAGUAAGACUUUUAAUCGAAUAAUCACGUCUACAGUUUACCAAUGGCAAACAUGAAUGGCAUAGAAGAGAUGGCGGUGAAGUGUGUCCUGGUCGGAGACAGCGCCGUAGGAAAGACAGCCCUGCUGGUCCGCUUCACCUCAGAGACUUUCCCAGACUCCUACAAGCCUACAGUGUUUGACAACACAGGAGUGGAGGUGUACAUGGACGGCGUUCAGAUCAGCCUGGGGCUGUGGGACACAGCAGGUAACGACAACUUCAGACAAAUCCGGCCAAGAUCGUACCAGCAGGCCGACGUCGUCCUCAUCUGCUACUCUGUGGCCAACCCUAAUUCUCUGGCCAACGCUCAGCACAAGUGGAUCGCCGAGGUUCGAGAGAACCUGCCCAAGGUGCCAGUGUUGGUCGUGGCCACCCAAACGGACCUGCGGGAAGUGGGGGCUUAUCGGGGAAGCUGCAUCUCUGCUGCUGAGGGCAGACGUGUGGCUCAGGAACUCCAUGCUAAAGGAUAUCUGGAGUGCUCCUCCUUGAGCAACCGAGGUGUGCAGCAGGUGUUUGAGUACGCUGUGCGGAUGGCUGUUAACCAUGUGAGGAAGCAGGCCAGGAGACGCAUGUUCAGCAUAAACCAGUGCAAAGUCUUUUGACCUUUGACUUGGGGGCUUGCUUUGAACUGUCAUGAUGUGACUUGCUGUUGCAACUCAGCGAAGCCAUGAGGAGGUUUAAGAAAUCAGAGUUGUAUAUGUUUUAUAUAAGUCUUUGUCAUGAUCGAUACAUUACAUCCAGACAACUGAAACAAUUGAAGCUUUAAUAUUGAUGUAUAAAGUACAUUGUUUGUCUAUUUUUGUAAUUAUCAAUAUCUAAGAGGCAAUGAGGAAACGAAACAAGUUAAUUGUGGUCUUGAACUUUGUUGGUGGAAAAUGAAAAACACUUGUUUUUCUCAAACUGUGUUUAAACGAUGCAUAAACGCAUCGAUAUCUACUGAAUCUUUGUUAUACUGAUACCGGAGAAAAUUACACCAUGACAAUUAUUGUCACUCAGCUCUAAUACUUUUAAAAAAUACAUCACUAUUAAUGAACUAAGAAGCUCAAGUCAAGUGCUGCAGUUUGUCAGCUCUUAAGAAUCCAAUAAUGUGGCUAUCUUCACAAAGAGUCCAAGGGUAAGAGUCAUUUUAGACAGAUGACAUUGAUAUAAACUCAUCCAAGAACAGACAAACGUGCCUGUACGUUCAAAUGAAAUGUUAUCACUGUCAACAACACAUAUCAUUCAUAAAAACAAAUACUUUCUCGAGAUUUGUCUUGAAAUAUACUCUGUAGUUAGAGGAACCUGAAAUAACGGCGCAUGGAUAAUGUCGUAUGAAAUUUUGAGCCAUCCCAAUAGAAACAUGUCAUUGGACUUUUUCAGUGAACUGUAAACCUUUUUUUUUUGUUUUGUUUUUUUUCUUAAAUGAAUAGCAAGAUAUGAUUUGCGACUGUCACUGUUGUCGUCUUUUACAGGGAGAGAUGUUUUUUAUGCCGUGGAUUUCAAACUAACUUAGUGCGCGACCUUUUGCAUUGGAUGUGUUGUCUUUCAGCGUUCCCUUCUAAUUUAUACUUUUUGUUUGUGAAUAUAUGGUCUACUUUGUGUGUAUUGUCUAAUUUUGAUUAAACGUUUGUUUCAUAUA